AUGGCGUCUGUUUUAGAUUUAGUUAAACAUUACCAACGAUCUAUAGAAAAAUAUCCUAAUGAUGAACAGAAAAUAUUAAAGAGUAUUGAUAAAUUAUACAACUUGAAAGUAACUGUACAACAUUUGCAAGAUACUGGUGUUGGUCGCACAGUCAAUGCUCUCCGAAAGGAACCAGGGGAAGUUGGACAAGCGGCUAGAGCUCUUGUACUAAAAUGGAAGGUUAUGGUGGCUGCAGAAGAAAGUGAUCAUGAAGAUCAUAAUGACGACACCCAAAACUACAGUAGUCAUGAUAAUGGCAGGGAUUAUGACAGUAACCCAAGCAAAUCUACGAGUAAACAUGAUACAUCUGAGAAAUCAAAUAGAAGAUCAAAGACUGAAGAGAAGUACCAUAAGCAAACUAACGGGGAUUAUAGUGGAAAUAAGAGAAAAUAUCAAAGUAGCGAGGAGGAAGACCAUGAUGAUACAAAAAAAUCUAAAUACUCACAAGAUAACGGCUAUAACAUUAAAACAGAAUCAAAAAAGAAAAUAGAGUCAUCCGAAAGUGAAAACAGUGAGGAUGAAUCAUCACAAAGUGAUAGUGGCAGUGAAGAUACAAAGUCAGAAGAUGAAGAAGAAACGAUACCAGAAGUUGAAGCAAAGGUAGAGAAAAAUCAACACAAAGACUCAUAUAAAUCAUCGCAUUUGAAACACUCAUCUAGUUCACAUCAAGACAAACAUAAACACGAAUCAAGACAUGACAAACAAGAUUCAAAGCAAAGCAAGGAACAUAAUGAAAGUUCUGAUAAAAGACAUUCAUCUGAUAAAUCCAAAGAUAAGUCCCAUAGUUCUCACUCCCACAGAAGUUCUAAAGGACACGAAAAAAGUUCAGACAAAAAAGACAAAGAAAACAGACAUUCAGAUAAGGAAAAACAUAUCAAAGAAGAUUCAAGUAAACACAGUAGUAAACAUAGAUCUGGUAGCAGUUCAGAUAAAACCAAGUCAAGUGCCACUGACAAACACAAGUCUAGUGAUAGUUCACACAAACAUAAGUCCAGCAAGAGCGAAGAUAAACACAGAUCAAGUAGCAGUUCAGAGAAAAAUAAAAAACUUGUACCCGAAAAUCAUAAAAGUCACUCCGAAAGAACUUCAAGUAGUACAGAAAAACAAUCAUCUCAGAUAUCCGAAAAACAUAAAAAAUCAUCUCAUAAAGAUGCUUAUCAUGAUAAACAUAAAUCUAAAGAACAUGAGGAUAAAAAAGAUGAACAAGUCAAAGAUAAGUCAAAAGAAAAACAUAGUUCCUCAAAAGACAAAGAAAGUCACAAAAGUGAGAAGAAACAUUCUUCUAAAGAAUCAAGUGACGGUAAACGAAAAUCUGAUAGCAAUCAUAACAGCGAUAGUUCCAAGAAAAGUAAACAUAAGUCUAGUUCUAGUAAACAAUCUAGCAAGUCAAGGGACGACAAGGAAAAACCAAAAAGAACAGAAGAUAGUGAUGAUGGUAUAGAUUGUGGCUCAGGUGCCAGUUUUGCAGAAGCACUUGGAAUGAUAAGUCCAUCCAAGCCAAAGAAAAAAUCAAUAUUUUCUAAAGAUAAUAUACAAUCUCCACGUUCUCCUAGUGAUGAUCUCAACCCUCCUAAUUUGUUAGCACCUAGUGCUAAAUUGGCUCCAUUACCCUCUUUAGAAAUAUCGGCCUUACCAGAAAUAUCACCCAACUAUCGGCCACGCCCACCACCGAAAUUCCUACCACACUUCAGCGAUGAAGAUGCUAUGAGUAGUGCAAUAUCAUCGAAAAAUCAAAGAACAAAAGUAUAUUCUGGCAACAAAGUUAUAGGAAAAAUAACAACAUUAUAUGAAAUGUGUGUGCAUGUCCUGCAAGAACAUAUUGAUGCCCUUGAAUACACUGGGGGAGUUCCAUAUGAAAUUUUAAAACCAGUUGUGGAUAAAGCAACUCCACAACAGUUAUUUGUUUUGGAACAUUACAACCCAUACCUCAUGGACGAUACUGAUCAUUUGUGGCAGAAAUUCUGUGAGAAAAGUUUUAGGAACAAGAAACGACAGGAAAUGGAGACUUGGAGGGAAAUGUAUAUUCGAUGCCAAGAAGAACAAGAAAUAAAACUAAAAUCACUCACUGCCAACAUCAGAAUGACUCAAGAGGCAAAGAAGGCACCCAUAAAGCAAACUAAAAUGGCCUAUGUUGAUACUGUAGUAAAACCACCUCGUAAUGUUGCAAAGAAACAGGCACAGCACGGUACAGCAUUCGCUGCUACUGCCAGCCCUGCUGCUAGGGUUGCCUCUCUUUCCGCCGCACCUAAUGUAUUGAAAGGAGGCAGGGCUGCCCCAGCCCCGGUUAUAACAAAUUCAUCGAACUUCAAGCCCAAGAAAGCACCGCUUAUGCAAAAAGCACUGCAAUUUAUGCGCGGAAGAAAACGAUGA